AUGUAUUACAAUUGGCCACCUACUAUUCAUCUUUUCCACUACGUCAUCUGUAUCGAAUCAUACUUAUAUUACAUCAACAACAUAUUAGACAAAAACUACUGUGUGAUCAGUGAAAGUAUUGGCGAUAACCAAUCUCAUUUUAUUUAUGCAUUUCAAAUUAAUAAUGAAACCUAUUCAAAUCAAUAUUUUAUAGUUAUUGAUCCAUCACAAAAUACAGUUGUUAAAAAUGUUUCAAUUAAUGUACCAAAUGGAUAUGUUAUAAAUGGUAUUUUAGGUAUUGAUCAACUUUCAAAUUCUAUUCUUUUAUACUCUAUUAAUGAUCUUUAUUCAACAGGUUCUAUUCUUUCUUUAAAUUUAAAUUCAAAUGAAAUUAGAGUUAUUGAUUCACCAAUGUUGAAUUUUAGAGGUAUAAAUGCAAAUCAACCAUAUGCUUAUUCAAAUGAUGUAGUUUAUAUGACAAUGAAACUUCAAAUAUUGAACCAGCUUAGUCUUUGUUUUCAUUUUGAUAAUUUUUCAAGUGACCUUUUACCAUUACUUGCAUAUGAUCAACAAAAUCAUUUAAUGUAUAUAGCCUUUUCACCAUUAUCUUUGAGUCAAACCAAUUUAAUGGUAAUUGAUACUAGUGGUUCUAUAUCUGUUGAAAAAAGAUUUAACUCUAUUAAAGGUUUACAAGAUCCAUCUAAAAACACAAUGUUAUUAACUUCACCAAAUACUUCAAAUUUAUAUUUAAUCCAAAUUAGUAAAAAUAAUGAUCUUAUGGAAAUGUGUCAAUUUGAUGCCGCCAGUAAUAGUUGUAAUAAUGUUUUCAGUACUAAAAUUAAUAAUAAUUUCAAAAAUAAUAAUAAUAACAAUCAAUUUAAUCCAUUCCAAUUAACUUUAGAUAAAUCUGGUUUAAUAAUUUCAAAUCUUAACAAAUCUGAUGGUGGUGAUAUGGUAACUGAAGUUUCAAUCAUUGAUCUUGAUACUUUAUUACCAAUUUCAUCAUUUACAAUUAAUAAUUAUUUUAAUUCUUCAAAUCCUUCAAUUAAAUAUUACUUUUCAUAUUUUUAA